UCGCAUAAAUGACAUCGGGCAAUGACGCGUUUCAAAAUUCAAAGAAUGAAAUUUUUUAUAUUUUUGUCAAUCUUUUUACUCGGCCAAAUCGUGGUGUGCAGUGGAAGCUUUCGAGAACGAAGUACCGGGCGUGAACUCUUCGAAACAAAAAUCUUACGUAAAGAAAAAAAUGUGCAAUAUAAUGAGGAAUCCUCUUCAUCAUUGUCAUCUUCACCGUCAUCAUCGUCAUCACCGACGAAGAAAGUCAUCGAUGAAGGGAAUAAACAGAAGGGUGAUGUUAAACCGCUAACUAAUAUAACCUCAAAGUUGCCUGGUGAAGUUUCAAAUGGAACGAUACAGACGACAACAGUAACGUCAAAAGAGUACACAGAAGAAGGUCAUCAAGCGUCCUUGAAUUCUGGAGCUCUCCUACGUGGCUUUUGCGUCUUUAUAGGAUUGAGUAUUUUGGUUAUGGCCUAUAUCGUAUUCCGUAAUUUUAGGUUAAGUAAAACGCGGGCACAAAUGAUUCGAAAGUACGGUAUCCUUGCUCAUAGGCAAGACGUUGAAAUGCGACCAUUACCGCUAGAAGAAGAAGACGACGAAGAUACUACUGUUUUUGAUGCCAGCAAUGUUUUGACUAAUAGUGCUCAACAUCUGAACUUAUGAAACUGUUUACGUUAGGAACAUGUCAUUUUCUGUGCUUUUAUGUAUGGUAUAUUAACAAUAUGCCUCUUUAUUAGUUUAUUAAAUCGGACUAAGAAUCUUUUUAGAAAUGACAUUUGUACAAAACAAGAGAAAAAAGAUACUUUAUAAUUGCAUCUUUAUUUAAUGGCAUUAUUAUAUUACUAACAAAAUGAAAACAAUAUAUUCGUGCAUAUUGGCUGUAAUGAUUCUGCUAUGUAGCAUUGAAUAUAUUAUUAUCGUCAAAAUAUUCUUUGUCUUUCUAAUACAAAUAUAGUACUAUAUAUAUAUAUAUAUAUAUAUAUAUAUAUAUAUAUAUAGUACUAUUAAAUAUGCGGCACCCAUUGUUCAUGUAUUUAUAAAAAAAUAUCGGGUGGCCACAUCUACUACUACACAAAGUAAACUAUGUUAUUAUAACUAAAACUAAACAAAUACAGAUUAUCUCUAUUUUAUUUAAUGCUAAAUAUUUAAUAAAAAUUAUUUAUAAAAUGGA